UUGGGAUCAUAAAUCCCGAGCUAAAUUGCAUUAGCCCAAAACCAUUUCCAUCUAUUUAAUCUAAUCCAAUCCCAAAUCUUAAAUCAUAAAUUACAUUACAUUACCCCAAAACCAUUUCCAUCACCUUGUGUUGUGGGAGACUGAGAAUUUGAACUCUCAAACCCGUUGGAACCAACAAUUUCAAACCCUACUCUUCUCCAAUGUCGUCUUCCGCCGCACUCCAUUUCCAAUCUCCGAUAGACUCCGCGGAGGCGCCGCCGCAUUCUUCCUUCCUUCAUUUUAAUGCUGACUGCUUAAACCCUUCCGUCUCCGCCGCGCGCACGAGGUCCCGACCGAGGUUAGUCAAACUGCGCAAGCAGUGUGCGUCUCAGCAGGCCAGGUCCCGGAACAGAGCUGGCGCCGACGACGGUGAUGCCGGCUUCAAUCCGUUUCGCGCUGAUCAGGUAAACAGUAAUGGUAGUAUAUUGGAGAGUGGUUUUUCGAACUCUCGUGGUGACAAUGGUUUUGUGUUUGGUGCUGGGAAGGUUGAGUCUGACUCCUCUAGGGAUUUGAAUGGGGGAAUCAGGAGUGGUGGUGUGGAAUUUGUGUUUGGUGCUGGGAAGAGUGACGAGGGAUCGAUAAAGAACGGUGAGAGUGUUGCGGAGACGGUUUUUGGUGAGGGAGGGAAGGUGGGGUCGAAUUCGGAGGGGGAGUUGAAGAGUAGAGUGUUUGUUUUUGGUACUUCUAGAGAUAAUUUGGAUUCUGGCUUGAGUACAGAAAAGGGGAAAUGUAGUGUGGGGUUGGGGGAUUCGGGUGCGGUGAAGGAAUGUAAGUAUGAAUUUGAGUGUGGACAACGUGAUCACUUUGGGGGUAGCUAUAGUGGUAGAGAGUCGAGUGUUAAUUUAUCAGAUGAGAUGGAGAAACUUAACAUUAAACAUUCUGAGGGUGUUGAUAUUACUGGGAAUUCGAAGAAUUCACAUGCCAAUGGUUGUGCUGCUGGUUUUGUUUUUGGAGGAAAUGACAUCGGUUUUGGUUAUUCUAGUGUUAGUUCAAAAACCGAAGCUGGUGGUCAGCAGUUCUGUGCUCAUGCUGCUUCUGGGAACGUUGGCGUUCAAAAUGGAACUGCUUGCGGUAUUUCCUCUGAUUCUUCAGGAAUACAUUCUAAGCCAUCCACUAGUCAGGAAGGCGUCACAGAUUUCCAGAAUGGCAAAAAUCCAGGAUGUUAUGUGUCUGAAGAUUCGAAAGUGAAUGGAGCGGCAGCGUCAUUUUCCUUCUCAUCAUUUGGUAUUGAUUCCCAUCCAAACUAUGCUUCCAUGGGCCAUUCUUCAAGUGCAGAUGGUGAUAAGGGCGAUAAUUGGUUUGCAAGUACUCCAGAGGCUUCCAAAGAGUCUUUUGCUGACUUCAAACCCCCAAUAUGGGAUCCUUCUUGUUUCAAAGACAACUUAUUUCCAAAGUUAAAUAGAAAAGUUGAAUCCACACAGACGGGUCGAUCAUGUAAGGAAAAAGGAUCAAAAUGUACAAGGCGAAAAUCAAAGCUUCAUUCUUUAAACAAGAAACAGACAGGGCCAGAUCAUUUGUCAAAAGAAAACAGUUCACUAAAAACCCCUGAUUCUUCUGGUGUCCACUCACCAAUGGAUUUUUCUCCAUAUCAGGAAACAACAGCAAGUGGUCAAGAUGUAAAUGCUUCUAAAGGAUUAGAUGAUCUGCAUUCAACAAUUCCUACUGAUUAUAAAGGAGAAAACUUGCCUACUACGGGGAGAGAAGAUAUGAGUACAACUGAUAGAAGACAUGGAGAUCCGGAUAAUAAUGAACGAGUUGAAAAUUCAUCUGUUGACAAUUCUCAUUCUUCUGGCCCUGAGAUAGUCUGGCCUAAUUUGAAAACUGAGCAAUUCUGUGGUGGUAGUGCAGAAGGAGCUUCAGCUGGUGCUGGUGUCGACUUCACCUCAAACAUUGAAAGGCAAAAGGAUGAUAUUUUUCGUUUUGUUCCUGGUCUGAAUGAAUCUAAGGGGAAAAAUUUUUCGUUUUCUGCAUCUUCAACUGUGGUUGGUACUCCAUCAGUAAAGCGUCAACAAAAGAAGAAAUAUAGGAGGAAAUGGGGGUGCAACACUUCUGUUAUCUCGCCUCAUGUGAAUGGAAAGUUUGUAUCUUCUGUACAAUUUUCACCACAUAGCACUGCCAACAUGUCAUCAAAUUCUGAUGUGAUGGAUACAUCUCAGAUAAAUGGCCAGUUCAAGGAUGGGGAUGUUGCAUCAUCAGAGGCAAUUCCGUCAUCAGCCUGUGACAAGUGGAGACUCAGGGGAAACCAGGCCUAUAAAGAUGGAGAUCUUUCUAAAGCUGAGGGUUUCUACACAAUAGGAAUAAAUUCUGUACCUUCAAGAGAAAGAUCUGGAAGCUCGGUUCAGCCUCUUUUACUAUGCUAUAGUAAUCGUGCUGCAACACGAAUGAGUCUUGGAAGGAUUAGAGAGGCUCUAGAAGACUGCAUGAUGGCUACAGUUCUGGACCCUUCCUUUCCGAAAGUGCAGAUGAGAACUGCUAGCUGCCACCUUUUGCUAGGGGAAGUCGAAAAUGCUCAGCAGUGUUUUAAUAAGUGCAUGGAAUCAGGUAGUGUUGUUUGUUUGGAUCGGAGGGCUAUACUUGAAGCAGCUGAAGGUUUACAAAAGGCUCAGGAAGUUCUCAAGUGUAUAAAUAAUGCUGCCGAACUUUUAAAAGAGAGGACUUCUGAUGCAGCUGCUACAGCGUUGGAACUAGUUUCUAAGGCAUUGUCUAUAAGUUUAUACUCAGAGAAAUUGCUGCAAAUGAAGGCAGAGGCUCUAUGUUUGCUACGAAAGUAUGAAGCAGCAAUUCAGCUUUGUGAACAAAGUCAGCAUCUUGCAGAGAAAAAUUUUGUCUUGGCAAACAAUGCUCCGGUUUCUGAUAGUUCCUUGUGUGAUAGUUACUCUAGUGUAAAAUUGUGGAGGUGGUCAGUGAUAUCCAAGUGUUACUUUCGUUUGGGAAGGCUUGAGGCAUCACUUAAUGUUCUAGAGCAAUUACAGCAUCUUGUGUCUGUUACUGACAAGUGUGUGAUUGAUAAUAUUGAAGACUCAUUAUCAUUAGCUUCUACAAUAAGAGAACUUCUAGAACACAAGAGGGCAGGGAAUGAAAACUUUAAAGUGGGAAAGUAUACAGAAGCUAUAGAGAAUUACACUGCAGCUCUAUCAUGCAAUAUUAAAUCAUGUCCUUUUAUGGCAAUAUGUUUCUGCAACCGUGCUGCUGCUCAUCAAGCUUUGGGCCAAAUUGCCGAUGCCAUUGCAGACUGUAGUGUGGCUAUUGCCCUUGAUGGAAAUUAUGCAAAGGCAAUUUCAAGAAGAGCCACCUUACUUGAGAUGGUUAGAGAUUAUGAACAAGCAGCUUGUGACCUUAAGAGACUUAUAGUUGUUCUUGAAACUCAAUCUAAUGAAAGGGACAAACAGUCUGACUCACCCAGUGGAUCGAAAGGUGUGAAAGAAUCAAGGCAAGCUCGUCAACGUCUUCUUUCAGUGGAAGAUCAAGCCAAAAAGGGGACACCCUUGGAUGUUUACCUCAUUUUAGGAAUCAAAUCAGCUGAUACAGCAACAGAUAUCAAGAAGGCAUACCACAAGGCAGCUCUCAGACAUCAUCCGGACAAGGCUGGUCAGUUGUUGGCAAGAAGUGAAGUUGGAGACGAUGGCCAAGUUUGGAAGGAAAUCUCACAGGAGGUGUACAAGGAUGCUGAUAAGCUUUUCAAAAUGAUUGGAGAAGCAUAUGCUGUGCUUUCAGACCCAGCCAAGCGGUCGGAGUAUGAUUUGGAAGAGGAUAUAAGGAAAGCUUGUAAGGUAAGUAACAGAGGUGGCACAAGCAGGAGAUCUUCAGAUGCUUAUGGGGGGUUUGGAAGACCAUGUGAUGGUUACAAAUCUCCCUCUGACAGAACUUCAAACAGACGAAAUGGACGGGACCAUUGGAAGACAUAUGGACAUUCAUAUUCUCGAUGGUAAGAAGAUACUCAGGUCAUGGACAUUGAGGUUCCAUAAUUGAUGUGCCCCAUUUUCAUGAUGGUAUGAAAACAGGCUUAAAUCUGCUUCUGCUGGCCAUGAUUGUUUAUUUUUUGGGGUCUGAGCUCAGGCAUUGCUCAAAUAAGAUUGUACGUAGAUUUUGCAAGCAGGGCAUUGUGCCCUCAAGUGAGGCUUGGAAAAUGAGGCAAGAACAGGACCCCGCUAACGUGAUUUAUGUGCUUCACCAACUUAAAUGUGUUGAUGCUGUAUACCUUACCUGUGCUCUCCAUACUUGUUCAUAGAUAAAGUCAUGCUAUCUCAGACAAAGGAUUCAAUGCACUUGGGCCUCCCUACUUUCUCAAAUGUCACAGGUGCUGUUAUUCUUUAUCAUGUAUCACUGCUUUUAUCUGCAUUGAGAUCCUUAAUAGGAAUUGUUUUCUGCCCACGACAAAUGCAAGUCAUAAUAAUACAGAAAAUAUGAUUUUGAUCCACCCUUGGAUUCCAAAUGAGUUAACCGCUUGUAGAAUUGUAUGAAAUAUUGAUAUCGAUUCUUUACAUAAAUUAGUGUAUCUUAUGCUUGACCAAGUUCAUCCAAAUAAAUGCUGUCAUGUUAUUCAACAA